AGACUCGCCCCAUCUCUGAUCAAAACAGGCUCAUACCACCAAAAUGCCUGAGUCUCACCUCCUUGUUCUAACCUUCCCAGCCCAAGGCCACAUCAACCCCGCCCUCCAAUUCGCCAAGCGCCUCGUCCAUACAGGCGUCCGCGUCACCUUCGCCACAAGCGUCUCCGCUCACCGGCGCAUAAAAUCGACCCCUCAGGACGGGCUAUCCUACGCCUACUUCUCGGACGGAUACGAUGAUGGCAUCAAUCCCACUGAUGACUUAGAAAACUACUUGGGGCGGUUAAAGGAGGUCGCAUCGCGGUCCGUCUCCGAUCUCAUACGCACCUUCACUGACGAGGGCCGCCCCGUCACGUGCGUAGUCUACACCAUCCUCCUCCCAUGGGCUGCUGACGUGGCGCGUAUGCUUGGCAUCCCGUCCGUACUCCUAUGGAUCCAGCCCGCGGCGGUCCUGACCAUUUACUACCACUACUUCCAUGGCUACGGAGAUCUCAUAACGAGCAAAAACAACGACCCUUCUUUUACAAUAGAAUUACCGGGAUUGCCACCCUUCACUAUAAAAGAGCUGCCUUCCUUUCUCCUCCCUCCCUCCAACUAUCCUGCAAGCCUUAUUACAUUCGAAGAACUCUUCCGAGUCUUGGACAAGGAAUCCAAACCCAGAGUGCUUGUGAACACGUUCGACGCAUUGGAAGCCGACGUGAUAAAAGCCGUUGAUGAGCUAGAGAUGAUCGGAGUGGGGCCAUUAAUCCCAUCAGCUUUCUUGGAUCCGAAGGAGACAUCGGAUGCUUCCUUUGGCGGCGACCUGUUCGAGAAAUCAAGGGACUAUAUCGUGUGGUUGGAUUCGAAACCGCCUUCUUCAGUAGUCUACUUGUCCUUCGGUAGCAUUUCGGUGCUACCCGAGCAUGAGAUGGCCGAGAUUUUGAAUGGAUUGUUGGAAAGCAAUCGUCCCUUCUUGUGGGUGAUCAGGUCGGCCGAAACAGAUACUGAUAGCGAGUUCUGGAAGAAAGUAAGAGUGGCGGAAGAGGAAAUGAAAGUAGGGUUAGUAGUGCCAUGGUGUUCGCAGGUGGAGGUUCUGUCGCACCCUUCGGUAGGGUGCUUCGUGUCGCAUUGUGGGUGGAACUCGACGUCAGAGAGCUUGGCUGUGGGAGUUCCGAUGGUAGGUGUUCCGCAAUGGACGGACCAGCCCGCAAAUACAAAGAUGGUGGAGAGUGUUUGGAAGACGGGCGUUUGGGCUAAGGUUAAUAGAGAUGGGGUUUUGGAAGGUGAAGAGCUGAAGAGGUGUUUGGAUAUGGUGAUGGGAGGUGAGGAAGGAGAAGAGAUGAGGAAGAAUGCUGUGAGGUGGAGGGAUUUGGCGAGGGAGGCUGCUGCUAAAGGUGGCUCUUCGGACAGGAAUCUUCGAGCAUUUGUGGAGGAAAUUUCAAAUCUUCCCUGAUAAAGUCAGUGUGGUAAACGGCCGUAUGCACGUACAAUAAUUCCCUUCACGAGUCUGAUAGGGAUCUUAAAUUAUCCUUUGUAUGCUACAUCUCAGUGCAAUUUUACGUAUUAUGUUUGAUUUUUUUCGAAAUAAAGAAACGAUGAAAAUCAUGCUUGCAAUGAA